AAGAGUAGAAAGGGAGACUUUGGUGGCGAGUCCAGUCUUCUAAAGCCCAUCCCUAGUUAUACCGCAGCCAGCAGAGAGAGCUCAAGCCUCACCCCAUCAGGCAAAGGUGGGGGGAUCAGCAGCACCCCAAGUAGUGCUGGGGCCACACUCAACACCUCACUAGGUAAGGCAAGCACAAGCUCCAGAGUGUGGCUGGGUAAACCCAUAGUCCGGUCAGGGCUCAGGGCAAGAGCAGGCUUAGAGCCCCGGCAAAUGGAAAGGCCUACACAGCAUCACAACUUCCUCGCAGAUGUGGCUGAUGUGCGGCAGAUCGAGCAAGGACUACUGCAGCUUAUGGAAGAUUUCCAAGCAGGAAAUCUAAGAGCAUUUGGUAAGAAUUCCAGUUUGUUAUGGCAAAGAUUCCGCCUGCGCCAGAUGGAAGCCAUUAGAGAGCAGCAAGAGCGAUUGGCACGACUACAUUUUGAAGUUGGUGCUGAACAGCGUACAUUGAUGGAGAAGCUCGCCCAGCUGUCAGAGUCCAUUGAGAGACUUCACACCAACACAAGUAGUGAUAGAAAACCAGUAGCAGCGAGCGCAAAGCAGGGGUCCACCAAAUGGGUGGAGGCCAGAUGAAUAACCGUACU